AUGAUCUCUGACGACGACCUGUAUAGACUUGCCCUAUUCCUGGGCUCUGCCGCCAUGGUCCUCAUCGUCGGUUACCACUACAUCGAGGUCAAUGCGAAGGAUGACAACAAGACAAAUGCACAACAGGCUGGCAAGCAGGGUGUGGUACAGAAAAAUACAGCACCUUUAAUUCAGCAAUGUCCGGAAUACUUGACAUUCGGCUUAUUAGAGGUGCCAUGCGGGUUCAACUUGCCAUAG